AAGGAAUCUUUAGAGGUCAUGUUCGUCCAGCCCCCCAUUUCCGGUUUUCUUUUUUGAUUGGUGAGGAGGCUGAAAAUUAAAAGAGCGCCUCAAGCGAGCAGAUAUAUGAGGUGGAUUUGGAACUUUGACGCUCCUUGCCCCUCGCUGCCCUUGAGGACUCGCCGACGCGUCUCGGGGCCCCGAACUGGGGAGGACACGAAGCGCCAGGACGCUGGGAUGGAGAGACCUACGAAGGCCCGUUGGAGAAGAGCGUGGGAGAGCCUAGUCCCUUUUCCAAAAGUCCUCGCUGAAGAAAGUGCCGCGGCAACUGACUCGAGCCCUUCCUAUGAGAAGAGCCUACCCCCUCACAUUAAAGGCCCACUUUACCCAGAGUCAGGAUGGGACCGCCUGAAGGAGCUCUUUGUCAGAGAUGAACACCUGCCAGUUCCACAGGAAAUUGAAUAUAUUUACAAAGCAGCAGCUUCAGGAGCAGUUGUUGGCUGGAUAUAUGGUGGCAUACCUGCUUUUCGUCAUGCCAAACAACGUUAUAUUUCUCAGAGCCAUGCAGAGAUUUAUUCUAGCCAGUUUGAUGCUAUGCAAUCUGCCCAUAGAGCUGCCAUCCGAGGAUUUAUCCGGUAUGGCUGGAGAUGGGGUUGGAGAACAGCCGUCUUUGUGACUAUAUUUAACACAGUGAGUGUUGGUCUGAAUGUAUACCGAAAUAAAAAUGCCAUGAGCCAUUUUGUUGUUGCCGGAGCUGCUACAGGAAGUCUUUUCAGAAUGCAUUUGGGUUUGACUAGUCUGGUGGCUGGUGGUUUAUUUGGAGCCAUUCUGGGUGCUCCUUUUGGACUCAUGUUCAUGAUCAUACAGAAGUUUCAAGGGGAGACUGUUUGGGACAGAAAACAGAAGGAGCGAAAAGAGAUCUACGAGUUCAAGCUGAGUGAGUGGAAGGCCAGGCUACGUGUUACUGAUGCUGUCACUGAAGAGUUUCAGCGUAACUUAGGGGAAAAUCAAUCAGAAAUAGACGUGGAAAGAAUUGAAGAGCUGUUAAAUCUUCCUAGAAACCCUUCUUUAACAACAGAUAGUAAAGAUAGGGACUAGUUUGAUUCUAGAUAUAGGAGAUAUUUAAUGAGAUUUUUUUUUUUUUUUUUUAAGAAAGCUGGAUGAACCCCUGGCCAUGCCCCUAAAGUUUUAAUCAUGAGUGGUGUUGUAUUAUUACAUAAAGUAAACAGUGUUGGGCGGACUCAUCAAAAGUUUGGCUGCUGGAGAUGCUAUCUGUUUAUGUUUUUGUUUUCCCUAAAUUUGAGUUUAUUUACAUAGUAUUUUUUCUUUAUAUGUGAGAAAAUGUUUCCCAUAAGACUUCCUUGGGUAGUAGUAGAGUUUUAUGUCUUUGUCACUAAUGCCAUUCUUUUUUGUUUUGUUUUGGUUUUUGUUUUUGCUGAGGUAAUUGGGGUUAAGUGAGUUGUCCAGAGUUACACAGCUAGGAAAUGUUAAAUGUCUGAGAUCACAUUUGAACUCGGGUCCUCCUGACUUCAGGGCUGGUGCUCUAUCCAGUGCACCACUUAGCUGCCCCUAAUACCAUUCUUCUAAAAGGAGAGGAUGAGAAGAAGGCACCAAAAGAAGAAAACAAGUAGGCCAAAAGCAUGUGGGAAGUCAUUGUGCUGUCAAUUACUUUAAAACUAGUACAAUUUGAAUAUAUAUUUUUUUAAAUUAAAAAAUGGGUUUACUUCAAUA